AUGAAUGUCUCCGACGCAGUAGCAUACGAUGUCUAUGACUGGACAAACCGCAUUCUUGUUUGGUGCAUAUAUGUUCUCAAGAUCUGUUUCCUCGAUGACGAUGAUAUGUCCACGGAUCCACAGGAUGCAGCAUCUAGGUCACAGCAACUUUCAGCUCUGAGAUCAUUUGAACAAGAUUGGAAUACAAUGAAACCCACAAUAUUCAACCCAAUCUACUACGUGGAUCGCGAUGCAACAAAUGGUCGAUAUUUUCCACAACUUUGGAUGACAGAUCCCUGUCAAGUCGUUGCACUUCAAAAUAUUGAACUAGGUCGUAUAGUACUAGCUUCUCAUGACUUGGCCGCAAAGCGCAUUGGGAUCGGGGCGUCGGCUGCACAGCGCAGUCAAGAGAGCAUCUUCCGUUCAUCAACCAGGAUGAUAUGUGGAUUGGCUCUGUCAAAUUCAACAUCACAGCCCGCUCUGGUAACGGCAGGACUUGCAAUCACCCUUUGCGGGGAGUAUUUUGUAGACCGGGGAGAGCAGAAUGCCCUGUUAGAUAUUUUGAAAACAUUACGACGAGAACAUGCAUGGCCAACGAAGGAUCUUGCGGCGCAACUAGUUAGAGCUUGGGCUGCUAGCGAGGGCUGA